UUCUGCUGUUGCUAAGUUGCUCUAUUUACCUAUAAUAUGAUGUUCAAAUAUGUAACACUUUCCAUGAAGCUUCAGUUGCGAGUGACAUUGAUUAUCCCGCUAACAAGCUACGGCGUUCGGGUCAUCUCAUGCUUCAGGCGUUCCACUUACUAAAGUACCGCUAACAAUUAUCACAGUUUAUUUCAGAGUUGACAAUUCCUAGUAUAUUGCAUAUGAGUACGUUUCAUUUUAUUGUACAUUUACGAAUUGAUCCUCGAGCUGAGCGCUCGUAGCCGCGAAUAUUAAAUGAAAAUUGUAGUUAUAAUCAGUUGAAAUGUUAACUGUAAAGAUACUUACGAUUUUUUUAGUGUAUAUUUUAAAAACAAAUGUUCAUGCUCUAAGUUUUCCCGGCCCUCGAGUCUAUGUUGUCACGCCGUCACCACGACCAUUCCAAGUGAAUAGUGCCAAUUCAGCUCCAUUUUAUUAUCAUAAUUGGAUGCGCAGAAUGGACUCUGAAGAACAUAACGCAACUACUACUACUACUACUACUACAACACCAAAAGUGGAGACGCCUGAUUUAAUAUUUGCGGAAUUCGAGUCGGAUGGAAGCAUGAAGAAAUCGAUAAAGAAAUUAUUGGAAAAAGAAAGAAUUGCACCAUCGACGUCUACAACACAACAGCCAAUUUAUGUUCCCGACGAAGAAACUGAAAGAGUUACACGAAUUGUUAAUUAUGGAUUGCCAGUUACAAAAUUAGAAGAAAAAAAUGCGACACCAAAGCCUAAAAAUAAUAACAAUAAUUAUUUUUCCUUGGAUGAAAACUUUUACAAUGAAGCUUCUGUUCCUGAAUAUAUGCCGACCACAAAAAGACCUAUAACUGAGUCGACGACAACAUCUACAACCACGACGACAUCUUCACCUAUAAACGUGGAAAAUAUCUGGCAUAUUAUCGACAAUGAGAAAUUUAAUCAACAUUCCGGCGAUUGGGACGAAGUCUUUGUUGAUACAUCUAAUAAUGCCAAUGAAAAUGAGCCAGAAAAAAGCGAUAAUCAUAACGAAAAGGAAAAUGACGACUCGAAUAUUGAUAACAACGAAGAAGUGAAAAUAGAUGACAACUUCGCUUUGCCCGGAUUUGCUACUAAUCCUGGAAGCGGAGCUGAAAAUGAAUCCAGAGCUAUCCGUACCGAACAAAACAUUCGAUUUCCCUACAUCAAUUUGAAACCAUUCCAAAUGAAAUCUUUGAAGAAACCAAUAUUAGAUGUUUUGUCGAAUAGUAAAAAAGGAAAUAAUUUGUACAGCAACUUAGAUAACUUCUUUGAUUUGAAAAAUCCCGUACGAGGGGAAGCUCAGGACAUUGGUUCCGUAACUAUGAAUCAACCUGUUCCCAAUAAUCAACCCGUUGAUCGUUACAAUCCAGCACAGCCUUAUUUUCCAGCUUAUGGUAGUAAAGCAUCAAAACCAGCACCUCCAGUAUAUUCACCCCCAAAAGCGACGGCCAAUUUAAUACCUCCUCCACCACCACCACCACCUAAAGGAAAUGAUUUUCCAACACCAACCAUCUACGAGUCUUUCCCACCUUAUGCACCUUCUGGGCCUGAUUUCGAUGCUCCAUCACCGCCAGCAAAAAUUCCUGCUUCUCCACCAGCACCCGUGCCUUCACUGCCUAUCGAUACCCCACCAAGCGACUCAAUCGAUUCAUAUUCAGGUCCAAGCAGCAAUGACGGACCGUCAAUGGAUCUUGGAUACCGUUAUAAACCCCCAUCUGCACCAUCGCCUCCACAAUUUUUACCAACUAUAGCACCAGAAAGCAAACCAUUUAAGGGUUACUCAUAUGAUAGACCACCAAUGCCAAGCAACGAUGCGCCAAUGUCAAUGGAUGAUAUGCCAGAUUUUCAAGGAUAUGAUUACAGCAAACCUAGUUCAGGACCUCAGGCACCGACUAAAGAAUAUGAUUCACCGCCAAGUUAUGGUUCUUCUGACUCAGGUCCUAGUUACGGCCAUGACGAUGCUCCACCGGAACAUCAUGAAUCAGAUUACCCAGAGUUAAUAUUCAAUAAGCAUCACGGACAUAUGGGGGAUGACAGUGGUGGUGAUGUUAAAGGUGCUGGUAUGAUGCCUCCACCAGACAUGAAACCGGAUUCUUAUGGACCACCAUCCGACUUUCAUGGAUUUCCAAGUGAUUUCCCUGGAGAUUUCAAAUUACAUCAUGAUUUUGAUGAUCAUGAUCACGAUUACCAUCAUCAUCAUCACCACCCAGAACCAUCCACUACAGAAAUGCCAAGAGUGAACAGAUUCAGUUACUACUACUUAGGAAAAAAAUUGUACUACUUACCACUGUAUUUUAGUGCUUACUUUAUUGUGUACGUAGGAGCUUUAGUAAUAAAAGCAGUUCUUCGUCAUAAAAUUGUCUAUCCUAACAGUUGGAGACCGAACGACACAACUGCCUCAUUCUUCUCGAAGAGAUCUGUGGACGAAUUUCUAUCUAACGAAAAUCUUCAUGAAAUGGCUGGAAAAGUAACCCACGCGAUCGCAACUGCCGCAGAAAAAUACAUGAACACAAAGAAAAAGCUUGAAUAAUUACAAAUAUAUUUCCAUGUGGGAUAAUUAAGUGUAUAUAUAAUAUAAAUAUAUUUAAUUUUAGGUUAUGAAUGUACAAUAUGAUGUUGCGAUCUGGACAUAUUUAAAACAAAACGAUUCUUUUGAAUAUUUGUUCAUUUACUCAACGUCAAUAAAUAGAGUUUUACAUAAA